AUGGCUUACCAAAAUAAUCCUCGGAACUACAUCCGAAGAUUUAGAUUUGCACUAGAUAGAUUGAGGACUAACAAUUUUAUUUGGAGGUCCUACCUGAACUACCCAGAAUGCGUCCUUGCAGAUAGUCAGAUUUGGAGUGUGACCACUUCAAUUAUCAGUUCUCAUAUUGUUGAAAUGCAUCAAGCUGAUAAGGUCAAAUUGCAGUUUGGGUUUCAACAAGAUAUUUCUUCCCAGCCUAGAUGUCUACGCGAACAACAUGAAACUAAAAUGCCCAAUACAUGGGGAGAUCAUUGGCUUAAUAUAAAUAGAAAAGAGAACAACGAGUGGAAAAACAUAAAAAGAAAAUAA